AUGCCGGUGCCGUCGUCCAAGAAGAGGCGGUGCUGCGACACGGAGCUGCGCCUCGGCGGCGGCUGCGCUGACGACGCGGCGCCGGCUCUGUGCUCAAGGGAGAAGAAGAAGGCAGCGACGACGACCGGCGGCGCGCACUGCUACGCGUACGACGGCGAUCGACUACUGACGUUGCAGUACCUGGUGGUGGUGCCCGCCGCCGGCGGCCGCGACGUCGACGUCACGGGCGCGGAGGUCCAGGCGAGCGCCAUCAUUCGCAUGGCGAGGGCGGCGGCGGGAGCGCAGGACUCGGACCGCGGCGCGUCGAGGAGGCGGAGAUCGCUGGGCCGGUUCUUGCAGCGGCGGCGGGAGGGGCCAGUGGGCCACCGUAUUAGUGGUGAAUAA